GAUGUGUUUUGCUCAAAAUACCAAACAGAUCACCCAUUCUAGUCAUGCAUCAAACCCCUCUAUUCCUAGUUAGCGACUUAGCGCUACUUGCUAAUGUAAACACAGACCAUAUGACUUCCAAAACACGUCGACCCCCAGGUACCCCCGUCCACAGGAAGGAGUCCCAGUUCCCUGACCCUCCUGUCAGAUCCAUCCACAGGAAGGAGUCCCAGUUCCCUGACCCUCCUGUCAGCUCCAUCCACAGGAAGGAGUCCCAGUUCCCUGACCCUCCUGUCAGCUCCAUCCACAGGAAGGAGUCCCAGUUCCCUGACCCUCCUGUCAGCUCCAUCCACAGGAAGGAGUCCCAGUUCCCUGACCCUCCUGUCAGAUCCAUCCACAGGAAGGAGUCCCAGUUCCCUGACCCUCCUGUCAGAUCCAUCCACAGGAAGGAGUCCCAGUUCCCUGACCCUCCUGUCAGAUCCAUCCACAGGAAGGAGUCCCAGUUCCCUGACCCUCCUGUCAGAUCCAUCCACAGGAAGGAGUCCCAGUUCCCUGACCCUCCUGUCAGAUCCAUCCACAGGAAGGAGUCCCAGUUCCCUGACCCUCCUGUCAGAUCCAUCCACAGGAAGGAGUCCCAGUUCCCUGACCCUCCUGUCAGAUCCAUCCACAGGAAGGAGUCCCAGUCAGUAUUUAACACUAUAUCACCUGUUAGACCUACCCAUCGAUCACUGCUCACAUCACCUUCAGACAUAUUGAAUGUUCUAUAUCUAAACCCUCGCAGCUCAGUCUCUCUGUGAAACUGUCUGGUGAUUGUUCAGAAACCAGCGUGAGGUUUAUAUUUCUCCCUUUGGUUCAAAUAGUGUUAAAGGUUCAAAUCACAGUCAAAGAUCUGAGUGUUUGGUCAUUUGUUUCACAAGAUCUGAGUCAUUCCAAUCACUGCUGGGUAGUUCAAUCUGUAAUGAAACAUCUCACUAUAUCAGUACAUUCACAUUGAUAUGAGAGGAAGUAUAUAGUAGCAGGAGAUGCACUUUAGUACAAGUAUCUUAAAGUGCAGUACUUGAGUUGAUGUACUUAGUUACUGUUGAUUGGCUUCUUAAAGGUUGAGAAAUCGGCUCGAGAUCGCUAGAAUUUGAAAAUACACAACCGGAGAAAAUCUGCCACUUCCUCACAGAGCCCCUCCUCCAACACACACGAACGCGCACAUGACCAAUGAGGGCACGAGAUAAGUUUGUGCACAGAUGGAAGGCUGACAGGCAGGUAGGCCAUCCAGUUAUUUUAGCCGGGCCGGCUCAGAUGAUUGGUCGUGCUUUUUACAGUACUACAGCUUCCACAGGUGAUAUUUAUUAUGGAUUUUUUGUCAAAGCACUUCAGAUAUUCAUUGCUAUCAGGAUGUUAAGAGCAUUCCAUGGAAUAUAACAACAAGUGUAUCUCGAGCCGGUUUCUCAAACUUACCUACCCCACCUUUAAAGAGCAGCAGAAAUGCAUCACAUUCUCAAAUGAUAUGAGUUUAUAAUAUAAGAUUGAAACGGCUCAUUGUGCACAAUGCCCUUUCAGAGUAUUACCUGUUAUGCUUCUUUAGAUCUGUUUUACCCAUGAGGUUUAUAAAGAGGGGAUUGUUCUCUUUCUAUAGCUUGUACAUUUCACCAAGUUAUCAAUAAAUAUAUAUUUUAAAUCAGUUAAUAAUGAGA